UUCAUAACAUUCCUUUACUAUCCUUACUCAGAAAUAAUAACUGGUGAAAACUAUAUAAGUUACUAUAAAUAGUCACGUAUCUGCCGUUUUUAAUUUUUUUAAUUUUUCAAAGUAAAGUAUCGUGUUUUACUAAACCAAGAACAUUUAGCAAUUAUGAGCAGUGUACAUCUUGGAGCUGGCUCUGAAAAGCCUGCAGAAGUAAAGGGACAAGCACGUUUAUAUAGCAUGAAAUUUUGUCCUUUUGCACAUCGUAUUCGAUUAAUAUUGUCUUAUAAAAAAAUUCCUCACGACAUUGUUAACAUCAACUUAAAAAAUAAGCCGGAAUGGUAUUUUGAGAUACAUCCUGAAGAUAAAGUACCAGCAUUUGUCGAUACUGAUGGUACAGUCAUUGUAGAUUCCAUAGUAAUAGCAAAUUAUUUGGAUGAAAAAUAUCCUGAGCCUCCUUUAUACAAUGAAACAACAAGGGCUCGUGACUUAGAGCUAUUGGAUCAUUAUUCCAAGAUUGUUACCAUUUUUUCAAAUUGCAUACACGGUAAUGACAAAAGGCCACUCAGUGAAAUUAUAGCAGAGGUAUCAAACUUAUUAGGAGAAUUUGAGGAAGAACUUAAAACUCGUGGAACUACUUUCUUUGGAGGAAUUCAACCAGGUAUUGUGGACAUACUGAUGUGGCCCUGGGUUGAACGACGAAAGGCUUUGGCUUUGAUUUAUAAGGAGUCCAUGAACUUUAAUGCUGCGAACUUCACGCAUAUAAUGGAAUGGGUCCAAGAAAUGAAAGCACAGCCAUUUGUGCAAGAGAACGAAUGUUCCCACGAAAAGUUUGCCAAAUUGAUCGAGGACAUGAAUGCAGGAAACGUUGAUUAUGAUAACCUUUAAGAUACUUAAUAGAGCGGAAUACUUCCACGAUGUGCGAUAUUACACACUUUACUCUUACUACGCGCACUUAUAUGCGUAUGUUGUUACUUAACUUAGGUUUCUAAAGUAAUACAUGCACAGUACAUGUUGCAGUAUUACAGUAAUGAUUUAGUAAAAUUUCCAGUGACUAAUUUAAAAACAUAUCGAAGAAUGUCUUCUUAUAACUAGGCUUCCUUAGGUUAUAAAGAUAAAAAUUCGAGAGCUUCAUAACUUAUGCCUUCUAUCGUGACAAUAUUGUAUAUUAUGAACCUGUUCAAUGCAUCAGUACUGCCCUGUCACAUUU